GCCACUGGCCCUCGGGCCGUGGGCCCGGAUGGUCCACUCCCACUCAAUCGCCUCAGCAGCUUAGCAAAGCCUUUCAGGGCCGGCUUCAAGGCUCGUAAGAGGAGACAUACUCAUCCUGGUGGUGUGACGGUGGAUCCGUACAUGACUGUCGGUACCCAGAUCGCGUCCGGGGAGGUCAUUGAGGUCGGUUCCGACGACGAUGGCGGGCCCCGGAAGGAGGGCUCCAAGCUGGGCCAAAAGAGACAGAUCAAGGAGCAGCUGAGACAGCAGCUGGAAAGAAAGCAGAACGAAGUUCAGGCUCUGCGAAGCAAGCUGAAUCAGCUUGACUCGGGGCAG